AUGGCUCAAGCGGCGCUCCCAGACGAUAUCUUACAUCUCUUGUGUGAAGAGCUUGCAAACCAGGAACAGUUUGAUACCCUCUUCAACUGCGCUUGUGCGAGCCGCGCUCUUGCUGUCCCUGCAUUGACCCAUCUGUACAAAUCCCAUCAUCUUGCGCCAGUCCGAGGCGGCGGAGAAGAUCUAUACGGCCUACCAGCCGCCACCAAGCUGCUUACUAUCCAGAAGUGGUCCAUCUUGUGGCGGUCCAUUGUUGCAUCGAGCCUUGACGCUACGCUUUUCCCAUAUUGCCGGUACAUUAGGUCGCUUGACUUCCGUGAUCUUGGCUACCUUCUCGAAGAUGACCAGUUCCGGGCAAAGGUCUCAAAACAAUUCUUUUCCGGCCCAUUGAAGCAGUUUGAGAAGACGGAGACGUUGACGAACCUCAGAGGCAGAAGGUUUACGCGGAUAAAGACAGCCGACAUCAUUGAUGCCAUUGGCGAAGUGGUAACACAACACACUCCCACUCUCGAGGUAAUUAGUGGAGAACUUCAGCCUGGUGCCCUCGUCCGGUGGACACCACGUCUACCGCGGCUUCAAAGCCUCGAACUCUGGGAUGGCAAGCCUCUGGAAAACGAGCAAGUCCACGCAUCCAUCUACGAGCACUGCCCACAGUUCAACUCCCUCAUGAUAUACACCUGGAUGUCCACUGACAAUGACCAAAAAUUUGCCAAAUUCCUUUCCUCUAUGCGAUCCAAUACGCUACAAACACUCCAGACUAUCAGCGAUGUCAAAGCAGGCGCCGAAACAUUUCUUGCACUGAACAACCAUGGAAAGUCACUCGAAGACCUUCGUCUAUGUGUGUCCAACGACUCCAUACCGCACCUGGCUCUUCUGCAAGGCUGCACAGCGCUAAAGACACUGCGCAUUGAAGACAUACACGGCACCGUAGACCUCGAAGCAACCGAGCACGACGUCUUCCUCGAAAUCAUAUCCUGGCUUCAAAAAUGCUCCAAUCUCCAGCGUCUCAGCUUCUCAAAGCUGCAGUCUGGCGCGGCCAUCAUCACACCGGUGCUACUGGAAGAGAAGAUCCAACUCAGCAGUCUAGAGAUAGACUCUUACACACUCAAAGACCACAAGUCGUUUCACCAGGCCCUAGUGCAUCAGCAGUCUUCGCUGAGAGUCUUGUUUCUCAGCGGCGACACCGAGGGCAUGUUCCGCGACGAUCUCGACAUCCUCGUUGAAUCCCUAAGACAACUCCGCCAACUCCGAGACCUGCACCUCAUUCUACCUGAAGUAUUGCGCGACGAUCAUCUCAAGAUCAUCAUCGCAGACCUUGUUCUCCUCGAAGACUUGUACGUCAGCGGCCUGGAACUCAACGACGACGUGCUACCGCAUCUAGCCAGCCUGCCCAAUCUCCGCACCGUGACCAUCUCUGGCAUUUCAAAGUUCACCGUGGAGGGCCUGUUGGAUUUUAUAUCCAGGCUGGGAUCCGGGAACCAGGGCAUCCGCUUGUCGAUCGAUAUGGCAGAUAUCGAUACGCUGCUUUCGGAGGACGAGUUGACGCUGAUUAGAGAUAACCUGACGGAAAAAGUUGGUGGUACUCUCGAGUACAUGGGACUGAGAGAUCCGAACGUGCCUGAGUUCGAAAGCGAUUCCGACUAA